ACCAUUAAACGAGCUUAGCAACAGCCUGCAAGUCCAAAACCAUAAACCCCAACACUUGCACUUUCCCUGUCUCUGCAACCACAAGUGAGGGAGAGCUCAAAAAGCAGGAAGACCCCAAGAAAAAAUGGCCACGAACUCAACCUUUCAGUUAUUCUCUUCAUCAUCCGCAGCGUCAGGGUUCUUUGAUUCUUCUACAGAGCCUCCUCUCCCUCCCCCUCCUCCUCCAGUUGAAGUUCUCUCCUCUGAGGUUUCUUUGAAUGUUAAAUGCUCUGUGGAGCCGGUUAACUUAGAAGAUGGUCUUACUUUACUCAAGGGAAGGGUUAGUACUAAAGAGGUUUUUGGGUUGCCUAACUCAGAUUUAGUACCUGGUGUAUAUGAAGGGGGGUUAAAGCUUUGGGAGGGUUCACUAGACCUUAUUAAUGCUCUUCAAGCAGAGGUUCGAAAUGGCCAUUUAUCGUUUAGUGGAAAGCGAGUUUUAGAGCUUGGGUGUGGCCAUGGACUUCCUGGGAUCUUCGCGUUCCUUGAGGGUGCUAGUGCUGUACAUUUCCAGGAUUUCAAUGCUGAAGUCCUUCAAUGUCUCACCAUUCCCAAUGUAAAUGCCAAUCUUUCAGAAAAAUUGAGCCCUUCUACAUCAGAAGACGCAAGUUCUGAUACUGAAAGAGAACUACGUUUCUUUGCUGGUGACUGGAGCCAAGUCCAUCAAUGUCUUCCUCAUGCUAACAAAAAAGAGAAGGACCUUAGUUGCAGCUUAGGGCAUAGUCCACAUUCUGGUUAUGAUAUUGUUUUGAUGGCAGAGACAAUCUAUUCAAUCUCUGCUCAACACAAUCUCUACAGCCUUAUAAAGAAGUGCUUGAGCCAUCCUGGUGGAGUUGUAUAUAUGGCAGCCAAAAAGCACUAUUUUGGAGUAGGUGGAGGAACACGACAAUUUCUGUCUAUGGUAGAAAAAGAUGGUGCUAUGGCUGCAAGUCUUGUUGCUGAAGUUGCAGAUGGAUCGUCUAAUGUCCGCGAAGUGUGGAAGCUCUCAAUUUAGCAGACCAAGACCUCCAAUUAAGCUCUCAAUGUCUAAUGCAAGAUGUGGCGAUUUGAGCUCCUAGACGUGGGGGUAUCAAAUUCAAUAAAUGAUACCUGAUAUGCUAAGAACAUGGCUGGAGAUAUUUAUUGAUGAGAUCAGAGGGCUGCCAUCUCAUUUGCUCUCUGUACUGCAUAAACUUUUUAUUUAAAUCUUCUGAGAUUGUAUGUCAAGUCUCGCAUAGCUGACCAUAGAUAGUUGCAAUGAAAUUUUACUGAACUUUGUCCAAGAAUUGCAGUUGUUUUGCUUAAAAUUUAACGAACUGGGAUUCUGGCUGGA